CUCUCUCUUCCUGCUUUGCCCCCUGGGCUCGCCACCGAGAAGAGCGAGCCGGAGGACUACUCGUUCGGGGACCUGGUGCGCGAGCGACGGUCUGGGACGGCGUGCGCAACCACCAGGCGAAGGGCAACCUCGCCAGGAUGCGCGCCAGAGACCGCGUGCUGUACUACCACAGCGGCGGGCGCGACAAGGGCGUGGUGGGCCUCGCCGAGGUCUCGCGCGCUGCGUACCCGGACCCCACUGGCCCCGCGUGGCUGGCGGUGGACCUGCGGCCCGUGCGCGCGCUGCCCCGGCCGGUGCCCCUGGAGGCGCUGAAGGCAUGCCGCCGGCUGGCCGGCAUGCAGCUGCUGCGGCAGCCCCGCCUUUCCGUGUCGCCCGUGGGGGAGGACAUCGGGGACAGGGAAGCUCAGGGAGGUGCUCGCCCUCGGAGGCCUCGCGCAUGCCGCGCCCUGAGAGAAGGGGGCGGGCGAUCCCCCUUCCUCCUCCUCCCUCCUCCCUCCUUGACCUCUCCCUCCCCUCCUCCGCACGCUGCCGGGAUGUGCCUCCUCCCGCGACGCUGGGAGGGCCCUCUCCCCCUCGGGGGGCUGGGCCUCGCGCGCGCGCCAGAAAGAAGCGCCCCGGCCUCGCCGUCUUGGCGCUGGGACUGGGCUCUGCGCUGCGAUGGCGCUCACCCCGAAUCGCA